GUAGCGUGCAGUCUGCCUAAUCCAAAGAAGAAGAAGAAGAAAGCCUAGCACUGUUAGCCGCAGAAGUGUUUUAGCUGAAAGACACACAACAGAAUAAAACUCAACUAAAUAAAUUGAUUAAAAAUGGCCGGAACGGCUUCAGUAGCUGGUGAGGUGUUCGUCGAUGCUUUGCCAUAUUUUGACCAAGGUUACGAUGCAGCAGGUGUCAGAGAAGCGGCUGCAGCGUUGGUGGAGGAGGAGACCAGAAGAUACAGACCGACAAAGAACUACCUGAGCUACCUGCUUACACCUGACUUCUCUGCUUUUGAGACAGAAAUCAUGAGGAAUGAGUUUGAGCGGCUGGCGGCUCGGCAGCCCAUGGAUCUCCUGAGCAUGAAGAGAUAUGAGCUGCCGGCGCCUUCCGCAGGACAGAAGAAUGACAUCACAGCGUGGCAGGAGUGUGUGAACAACUCGAUGGCCCAGCUGGAGCACCAGGCGGUUCGUAUCGAGAACCUGGAGCUCAUGUCGCAGUAUGGAACCAACGCGUGGAAAGUCUACAACGAUAACUUGGCCUUCAUGAUUGAGAUGGCUCAAAAGGAACUUCAGAAAUUCAGGAAGCAAAUUCAAGAUUUAAACUGGCAGCGUAAGAACGAUCAGUUGGCAGGAGGAGCCAAACUGCGAGAGCUGGAGUCAAACUGGGUGUCUCUGGUCAGUAAGAACUAUGAGAUCGAGCGGGCCAUCGUCCAGCUGGAGAACGAAAUCACUCAGCUCAGACAACAGCAGGGGGACGAGAACAAGGAGAACAUCAGACAGGACUUCUAGAGCAGCAGCAGCUUUCAUCCUCCUCGCAGCACUGAACUACAGACUGAGGAUUCCUCAGUCAGACUGAUUUCAUCUUAUUUCAUAAGGCUGACUGGAAAAAAAAAACUAGACCGAACCCAUCUUUGUCCACUGAGAAGCAGCCUGUGUGGAGGAGAUCUAAUGUGAAACUACAUGUUCUCAACAUGCAUGAUCCAGACGGAGAUGCCCAGAAAUCUCAAUGACGACACACGUUACAGCUUAUUCUACUGUAGAAACAUUGGUGGAAUAUGGUUUAAUGCAGCAUUAUGAGUACUAUAAUGAAGUGUAUAUAGUUUGACAAGUCUAUUUCUGUGAGCCCCACCUCGACACACGUUCAUGUCAUUUUUUUAUGCCGUUUUAAUAAAAUGAACAUUUCUUAUAUUUCCUAGUA